AUGAAAGCUUUUACCUUAAUCAUUUCAUUCUCUAUCAUGUUUGCCUUCUCUGAUGCAACACCAACAUUGGUCACUCUCCUUCAAUCUCAAAUGAAUCAAUCUUCCACUUUUAAUCUUACCCAACAAAUUAACGAGAGUAGAUUGAUGGGAAUGGAAAUGUGUCCUUACAGGAUCACUAUAAAAACAAGUUGCAGCUCGCCAAUAUAUUCAGAAGAUGUGAUCGGUCUUCUAUUUGGUGACGCUAAUGGUGAAGAGAUUACUGUGAUAAGUCCCGAGUAUGAGAUAUUGAAGAGGUGUAUGACGCUUACAUACGACGUAUUGGGAAGUUGUAUUGGCAAAAUCUGCAAAUUGUAUGUAGCUAGGGUUGGAACAGAUGGUUGGGUGCCAGAGACUGUCACUGCAUACCAUGGUAACUACCCACCUGCCAUAUUCAACUACAACUAUUUCAUUCCUGAGGGGAGACGCUAUGGCUUCAAUUAUUGCAAUCAAAAAGUUUAG